AUGUCUUUCAAGAUCGCAGCCGCAGCCGCUUUGGCUACCCUCGCCUCUACUGUCUCUGCUCACGGCCACUUGCAGAGCAUUGGUGCCUCUGGUACCGUUUACGCUGGAUUCAACAACUCAAUCCUGUACUCCAACACCAAGCCUGAGCUCAUUGCCUGGUCCGACACCGUCAAGGACAACGGCUAUGUCUCCGAUUACACCAGUCCUGACAUGAUCUGCCACGCUGGUGCCGAGAACGCUAAGCUCUCUGCCCCCGUCAACGGUGGUGACACCAUCACUUUCAACUGGGACACCUGGCCCACCUCCCACAAGGGUCCCCUCAUCACUUACCUUGCUAACUGCAACGGUGACUGUGCUACCGCUGACAAGACUGCCCUCAAGUGGUUCAAGAUUGAUGCCGUCGGUAUCAUUUCGGGAACCAGCAACUCCGGUACUUGGGCUUCCGACAAGCUGAUCUCUGAUGGCUACAAGUGGGACGUCAAGAUCCCUGACAGCAUUGCUUCUGGUAACUACGCUGUUCGUCACGAGAUCAUUGCCCUCCACAGCGCCAACAACGUCGGUGGUGCCCAGAACUACCCUCAAUGCAUCAACCUCGAGGUCAAGAGCUCCGGCUCUGACAACCCUGAGGGUGUUGUUGGCACUGAGCUGUACACUGCCCAGGACAAGGGUAUUUACGUCAACAUCUACUACCCCGGCUUCACUGCCGACGAGUAUGACAUGCCCGGCCCUGCUCUCUACACCGGU